AUGAAAUCUUGCAUAUAGAGACCGUAUAUUUUUUAAUUAAGUAUAAUUUUAUCAUAGAUUUAAAUAGAAUGUGACGAAAAUGCAAAAUUUGUAAUGGACCCACAUAAAACUAUUGUACAGAAUGCGAAAUUACUGAAAAUCGUUAACUAAAAUAAAAUAAAUGUCUUUGCAAUGAAAAUUACUUUAAAUUCACUUUUUAAAAGAAAUGCCCAUGAGAUAAUUGAAAAUAUAAAUAGAAAUAAAAUAAAAUACAUUUUUUUAAACAGAAGAAAUUGA